AUGUCUGCUGUUUCGCUUGCAAAAUAUCUAUUCUAUCUAUACCUUAUCUCCUCUUACAAAUCAGUUCCAGGUGCUUAUUUCGUAAGAUUCUACUACUACGCUAUUAGAAGAUUGAUUUUACCUAUCUUUGCCGGUAAAAACACUAAAACUAUCCAAUUCUUACAAAAUAAUGAACUAGGUUGUUUUGCACAUUCAAAAAUAAACACAUACGCAUCUCCCUUUGAAUGUGAUCUGUACUUCCAUAAAAAUAACGCGACUUAUUUCACAGAAUUAGAUAUCUCAAGAUGUGAACUAAUGUGUGGUAUCUUUCAGAAACUAUUCUUAGAAUCAAAAAAAUGGCCCUUCGUCCCAGUAGCAAACGUCUUUACUAAUUUCUUAAAAGAAAUCAAACCCUUCGAGUCUUAUUCCGUCACUUCAAAUAUUUUAUGUUGGGAUGAAAAAUGGGUUUAUGUCAUGAGUAAAUUCACUAAAAAAAACAAUACCGUUUUAUGCUCUCUAUCAAUUACAAAAUACGUUUUGAAAGAUGGUAGAAAGACUAUCCAACCAAUUGAAGCUUUGAAAUUCUGUGGUUGCUACAAUGAAAAAGUACAGAAAAUUUCAGAUCAGAAUUUAGAUAUCCUACAAAAUAAGUCAGGUUUCCAUGAAACUAAACCUUUAGAAGAGUUGGAUCAUUUCUACAUGGAAUUAGUAUAA